AUGAAGCAUGAUGCAUAUGAUUUCUCUCUUCCUAAGGAAUUGCUGGUUGAAAUCCUGUUAAAGUUGCCAGCUUUAUCCCUUCUCCGAUACAUGUGUGUUUGCAAGUCAUGGUGCUCCACCAUUAACAACCUCUUUGCCCAAAACCUCUUGCGAAACCACACCAACAACCAUAAUGCCGCCAAACCAUAUCUCCUGUUGGACGUUGGCGCUGACCAUAAAACUACUCUCACGCUUUCUUACGACACACUCGAAGCUCUCCGGAUACCGUACCCUCCAAUCGACCCUCAAUUCCGACAAAAAACCAAAAUCUUAUGUUGUUGCAACGGUAUCAUCUUGUUUUCUGAUCAAUUUAAAACCAAGUGGGGCCUAUGGAGCCUCACAACUGGACAGACACAUCUUCUACCAUCUUCCUCAUCCCAUCGCUUGGACAAGCAUUAUGGCCAAAGAGAUUUUUUAUUUCAAAACGUUGGUUUUGGUUUCGAUACUAAGACUAUGGAUUACAAGGUGGUCAUAAUCUACAAGUUCUUCGAUGAUCUUCUUGGGUCACUUGUCGUCGAAAUCUACAGCUUGAAAACAAACUCUUGGACAAGUAUACCAACUCUUUUAGAUGAGACAAGAAUAGGACUCCCUCCGGAGAAACUUUAUCAAAUACAUGGCAGGUGUGGUGUUUUCAGCAAUGGAAUGCUUUCUUGGAGAGCAAGCGACACAAUGUAUGCGAAUGAUAUGGUAUAUGGUGAAGUUUGGCAAGGGAUUAUUUCGGUAGACCUGACCAGUGAGACUAUAAUAACAACACGCUUGCCUAGUAGUAUUAGUCAUUCUAUGUAUUCUUUGGUUAAUUCUAUGGUUUAUAAGGAGUUCUUUUCUCUCGCGGCUUAUAAAUACCAUCAAGGUAGUUACCACAUAUGGGUGUUGGAGGAAUAUGGUUUGAAGGACUCAUGGAAGAUGCUAUUGAAUAUUCGACCUCUUGAUCAUCAAUUUGGUCGUGUAUUGGGAUUUUGGAAGAAUGAUAAGAUGGAGUGUCUUCCAAAGGAAUUGGUGGGUGAAAUCCUGUUAAAGGUUGCCGGCUAUAUCCCUUCAGCGGUGCAAAUAUGGGUAUUGGGUGACUAUGGUGUCAAGGAGUCAUGGAAUAAGCUAUUCACUAUUGGACCUCUUCGCUACAUUGGUCCAUAUACUACUUCACCUUUGGUUUAUAAGGGGUCAUUUGCUCUCGUUAAUGAUGUUCUCCCUCAUUUUGAUACAUGGGUAUUGGGUGAAUAUGGUGUUAAGGAGUCAUGGAACAUGCUAGCUAUGAUCACUAUUGGACCUGUUCAAAGAAUUGGUCAAGUAUUGGGGCUUUGGAAGGAUUCAGAUGGGUUUUCCAAGUAUAGCUUAGAAACAACCAACAAUCCCUAG